AUGGACUGUGUUUGCACUGUCCGGAACAAACAAAGUGAAGUGGAGGCGUUUACAAAGAUCUUGGAAACCUUUGAGAGGAUUUCUGGCCAAAGCAUCAACUUGGAUAAGUUAAUGGUUUACUUCAACCCAAACACUCCCAUGUCACAAUGCACGACUUUAAGCAGCUUACUCAAGAUGAAGGUGGUGACCAAGCUUGACAGAUAUCUUGGUCUCCCAAUCUCGAUUGAAAAGAAGAAGCCGGUUGCCUUUCAAAGUAUAUUAGAUCGUGCUGCCAGUAGGAUCAAUAGCUGGUCAAAGAGAUUAUUGUCAAAUGGUGGUAAGGAGAUUUUAAUCAAGUCAAUUCUUCAGUCAAUCCCUACAUAUGCACUCUCGGUGUUCUUUGUCCCUAAUGGCGUCCUUAAAGAGCUCUAG